ACAGAGAGAGAGACUGGAUUCCCCCAAACCUUAUCCGUACAACACUCUUCAAACAUCAACAGAGAUACAGGGUGUCCAGGAUAUUACAAGGUACCUGACACGGAGGGAAAUGUUAAGUACUGGACUUUUGCAGUUUGAUGACCACCCAGAAAACUACUGGGCGUGGAAGGCGUCAUUUCAAAGUGCUAUUAAAGACUUGCAUGUUACAGCUCAAGAGGAGCUAGAUUUAAUGGUCAAAUGGCUUGGAGUUGAGUCUGGUCAGCAGGCCAAAAGAAUCCGAUCAGUCCAUGUCUUUAAUCCAGCUGCAGCUCUCAACCUUGUGUGGCAAAGACUCGAGGAAUGUUAUGGAACUCCAGAAGUGGUAGAAAAUGCACUGUUAAAAAAGAUUGAACAGUUUCCCAAACUAAACAACAGAGACAACACAAAGUUAAGAGAGCUUGGUGAUGUUCUGCAGGAAAUAGAAUGUGCAAAAGAUGGAGGAUACCUACCAGGCCUCUCAUAUUUGGACACAGCUCGUGGAGUCAACCCCAUUGUGGAAAAGUUACCCUAUGGACUGCAGGAAAAAUGGAUUGCAACAGGAGCAAAGUACAAAGAAGACCAUAAAGUUGCUUUCCCCCCUUUCAGUGUCUUUUCAAAGUUUGUAAGACAACAAGCCAAAAUAAGAAACGACCCAAGCUUUGUCAUCACACCUCCUGCCGACACAAGCUUCAAGAAGGAGAAAAGCUUCAGAGGCAGUAACAGGCAAGUGAUUAGUGUACACAAAACGGACAUUCCUACAGACACUAGUUCACCUCAAAAUAGUUACAGCAAGCCAAUAGAAAGCCCUGACAAGGUAUGCCCAAUACAUAAGAAGCCUCACCCUCUUAAAAAGUGCAAGAGUUUUAGAGCAAAGCCCAUAGAUGAGCGCAAGUCAUUUUUAAAAGAGAACAGAAUCUGUUUUAAAUGCUGUGGCUCUACUCAACAUCUAGCAAGGGACUGCAGGGCUCAAAUAAAAUGCAUGGACUGUGGUAGCGACAGGCAUUUAGCAGUGCUACAUCCAGGUCCACCCCCUGCUCCAGCUGAGAGCUCUGAAGCUGAUAAAAAUGAUGGCGGGGAGACACAGGAUAGUGCAAUUGCCUCAGUUGUUUCCAAAUGCACAGAAGUCUGUGGUGAUGCAGAUAGCCCACAUUCAUGCUCAAAAAUAAGUCCUGUGUUAGUCUAUCCAGAAGGCGAAAAAGAACGGGCUAGAAAGAUGUAUGCAGUGCUUGAUGAACAAAGUAACAAGUCACUAGCUAAGUCUCAGUUUUUUGAGCUCUUUAAUAUUAAGACACGCUCAGACACUUACAAGCUCAGAACAUGCUCAGGACUGUCAGAUAAUGUCGGCAGAACCGCAGUAAACUUCAUGAUUGAGUCAAUGGAUGGUAAAGUGAAGCUCCCACUCCCAAACCUGAUUGAAUGUGACAUGAUUCCAGAUGACAGGAGAGAGAUUCCCUCUCCACAAGUUGCCAUGAAGUUCCCACACUUACAGAAGAUAGCUGAAAAAGUACCUCCUGUAGAAGAAGAAGUACCUAUUCUGUUGCUUUUGGGAAGAGAUAUUAUACAGGUACACAAAGUCAGAGAGAGAAUCAAUGGGCCACACAAUACACCUUAUGCACAGCGUUUGGAUUUAGGCUGGGUUAUAGUUGGGGAAGCCUGCAUGGGGAAGACGCAUAAGCCCCCUAAUGUGAGUGUUCUCAAAACACAUAUUCUUCAGAAUGGCUGUGCUUCUUACCUCUGCCCAUGUCCUAACACGUUUCAAAUCAAAGACCAGUUAAACACCACACCUAACCCCAAAAAGGACAGGGGAAACACAAACACCAAUCAACUGGGAGAAACUGUUUUUGACAGGACAAAGGAAGAUGACAAACCAGCACUGUCAGUAGAGGACAAAGACUUCAUUGACAUCAUGGAGAAGGAGGUAUAUCAAAACGAAUGUGACAGCUGGGUGGCGCCUUUGCCAUUCCGCUCUCCAAGACCAAAGCUUCCGAGUAACAGAGAGCAAGCAUUCAAGCGCCUCCAAUCUCUCAGAAAGACACUGGACCGGAACCCUGAAAUGAAAAGACAAUAUAUCGAAUUCAUUCAAAACAUGCUGGACAAUGACCAUGCAGAAGUCGCUCCACCUUUGGACUCAAACAAAGAACACUGGUACUUGCCAUCCUUCGGUGUGUACCACCCACAAAAACCUAAUCAGCUGAGAGUAGUCUUUGACUCAAGUGCAGAAUUUGAAGGACAGUCCCUUAACAAAGUCUUAUUAAGUGGACCCGACCUAAAUAACACACUACUAGGUGUCCUUAUGCGUUUUAGGAAAGAGCCUGUGGCAUUUUCAGCUGAUGUGCAACAAAUGUUUUAUUGUUUUGAAGUGAGAGAGGAUCAUAGGGAUUAUCUGAGGUUCCUUUGGUAUGAAGAUAAUGAUCCCGACAAAGGUAUUUGUGACUACAGAAUGAGGGUUCAUGUUUUUGGGAAUAGCCCUUCCCCAGCUGUGGCUAUUUAUUGUAUGAGGCGUGCUGCAGUCGAGGGAGAAGAAGAGCACGGACAUGAUGCAAAGCAGUUUGUAAUGAGACAUUUUUAUGUUGAUGAUGGUCUCGCAUCCACAGCAACAGUGGAAGAAGUUGUUGAGAUGCUCACAAGCGCUCAAAAGAUGCUGGCACAGUCAAACUUAAGGCUACAUAAAAUAGCCUCUAAUGACCACAAAGUAGUGGAAGCGUUUCCUGCUGCUGAGAGAGCCAAGGAUCUAAAAGACUUGGAUUUAGAGUUGGACGACAUACCCCUGCAAAGGAGCUUGGGGGUACUGUGGAAUCUUAAAAAUGACUGUUUUACCUUUCACGUCACCACUGAACAAAAGCCGUUCACCAGGAGAGGUGUCUUGGCCACUGUUAACAGUCUAUAUGACCCGCUGGGUUUCGUGUCACCCAUCACAAUGCAGGGAAAAGCUCUUCUCCGUGAAUUGACCUCAGAGCAAAAGGACUGGGAUGAAUCACUUCCUGCAGAAAGAGAAGAUGAAUGGAGCAAAUGGAGAAGCUCAUUGAAGGAUCUUGAGCGGCUACAGAUACCGAGGUGCUACCUACCGUUCUCCCAAGCCAUUGCUGUGAAAAAAGAACUGUGCAUAUUUUCAGAUGCCUCCACCAUGGCCAUAGGAGCAGUGGCAUAUCUGAGAGCUCUUGAUGGUGAAGCUUCGAGGACGACUUCAGACCCAAAAGAUGGCAGAUUUACCUGUUGA